AUGGGGGCGUGUGUAUCGAAGCCUAAAGGGUGUGUGGGAGUGAAGAACAAAUUGAAGAAACCAAUAAGAAGAAGAGGGAAAAGAUCUCAUAAUUUAUCUUACAAGCUCAAUCGGGUCGAACCCUCUAAAAACCCAGCGGAUCUUGCUUACAACAACCCCUCAUUUCAAGGGAAUGGUGAGCCGUGGUUUGAUCUGGACUCGGUUCUCGAUUCUGAUGGUGAAGACGAAUUUUAUAGCGUUCAAGAUGAUGUUUCACAAGCUGGAUCCAUAUCAACUGGUGUUACUCCAAGAUUUUCGAACAUAGCAGAUUAUAAUGGUAUGGAAUUUCAGCUGAUUUCUGAUGAACCUCAAAAUGAGGCGAGGAAUUCAGCUCAUUUGGAGAAAGGCUCGGUCCAAUGCAGAGAUGAAAGUUCUGGCAAUGAUGAUGAUACGGGAAUUUCUCACAACUGUGGACUUCUAUCGAAUACCCUGCUUCCUUGUCUUGCUUGUGCCGAGUCCUUAGACCAAAAGAGAAAAUCGCAAAGCCCGAGAUCACCAAGUUCAAGGAAAAAACUGUCCCUUACUACUUCUUUCAAAAGGAGAGAAAGACAAUCAAAUACUAUGUUGCCAUCUCCAAAGGCCAUUGUGGGAAGGCCCAUAGCGGGUUCUCAAGUAAAUCGUUCCCCAUUAGAAAAGAAAAUGUCUGAAUCUUGGUCACAGAUCGAGCCAAAUACCUUCAAAGUGCGUGGACGAAAUUUUCUUAGGGAUAAAAAGAAAGAGUUUGCUCCAAAUCUUGCUGCAUUUGAGCCGUUUGGAGUGGAUGUAUUCUUAUCUCCACGCAAAAUCCCUCACAUAGCUCGGUUUGUGGAACUCCCUGCCAUUGAUGCAUAUGGAGAAAUUCCUCCAAUCCUUGUUGUAAACCUUCAGAUACCACUUUACUCUGCCACCAUCUUCCAAACUGAAUGUGAUGGAGAGGGAAUGAAUUUUGUUUUUUAUUUCAAGCUUUAUGAAAAUUAUUCAAAAGCUCUUCCUCUUCACUUACAAGAAAACAUCAGGAGGAUAAUUGAUAAUGAAAUAGAGAGGAUUAAAGGUUUUCCAAUAGAUGCUAAUGCACCCUUCAGGGAAAGAUUAAAGAUACUGGCCAGAGUUGUGAAUGUAGAGGAUCUUCAAUUAGGCGCAGCUGAGAGGAAGCUUAUGAAUGCUUACAAUGAGAAGCCAGUUCUUUCACGCCCUCAGCAAGAGUUUUACUUGGGAGGAAACUACUUCGAGAUUGAUUUGGAUAUCCACAGAUUUAGUUACAUUGCUCGAAAAGGUUUUGAAGCAUUUCAAGACAGAAUUAAACAUUGUGUAUUCGAUUUUGGUCUGACCAUUCAGGGAAACAAGACAGAAGAUCUGCCAGAGCAUAUGAUUUGUUGCUUAAGAUUGAAAGAAAUUGACUUCGCUAAAUAUUGCCAACUCGGUUUCUAA